AUGAGCAGGAGCAGCAGCAGCAUCGCCUCAGCCCGCCGCAGUCGCACGGGCUUAGCCUUGGUGGUGGCCCUCGCGGUGCUGGCGCUGGCGCCUGCGGGGGCGCACGCCUAUGGGACAGAGAUCAGCAGCAGUGUGGCGCUCUUCCGCUUUGUGGACCUCAACGUAGCGGAGUACAUCUCGGGCUACAACGCGUCCAGGUGUGUGCACAUGGUCAACCGUGCCGGCCGGACGGGCAGCAUGCGCAUCAACUUCGUGAUCUCACACUAUUUUGUUGACGAGGACAAAGACUUUGUCGUUGACAGAUACUGCCUCAAGCUGUCAAGCUCCCCUGAGUGCACCCCCGCGACCCCCGAGCUGGUGGCAAAGUGGGGGGCGCUCUUCCAGCCCUGCCUCGCCUAUGCCGUGGGCCUCGGCUUCGACAUCGCCUUCACGCCCCAUCUGGACGACGGCCUCAACAACGGCCAGUGGCGCAAUGCGAUGCUCAUCAACCCGCUGCAGAAGUACGGGGGGAUGAGCUACUUUGACUUCGUGAUCAAACCGCUGGCUGACGUGAUGGCGGCCACCCUGCAGCCGAACACCAAGGUGUGGUUUGCCCUGCAAGGGGAGAUGUCGGCCAUGGUGACCGCAUACCCCCGAGAGCAUACCAGGCUGCUGCCUUAUGUCAAGCAGCUGGUGCUUGGUAGCCACCCUGAGUGGGCAGACAACGUCCGCGUGGGCGUGUCGACCAACUUCAAUAAGCUUUGCGGCAUGGAGAUGUGCCAGACUCGCGACGUCGAGCAGCGACUGGACGCCCCCGGCGUGCGGGAGCUGUACAACUCGGUUGAUUUUGUGGGCAUCAGCGCCUACCCGCGUUUCAAGUACCGCAUGUCUGACAUGGAGGACAGCACGCAGAUGUUUGACCAGGAGCUCAAGCUGUUUGGCGUCGACCUGGCCAACCUCAUCAAUGUGAAGCAGAAGGAGUUCGUUUACAACGAGUUUGGCAUCGGCGGCGGCGCCUCCGUCUCGGGCGACUCCCCCGCGCGCACCGUGGCGCAGGCGUCGGACGGGCCGUUCUUCGGGGUGUAUGGCCCCUACACGCGCAAGCUUGAUCCCUGGCGCCUGUUCCUGCCGCUCAACGUCCUGGUGGGCACGCGCAACUACAUGUACGACUGGUGGACCGCCGCAACCGUGUGGUUGGCCAGGAAGGGCGGCCCCACCUGGCGCGUGGACCACGUUUUUAUGUGGAACCUCAACUCCUGGGACCUGCAGGGGAUUCACAUGGAGUCCACGACUAAGGAGGGCAGCUACCGCGACGACACAGUCUACAAGAUCAUCCGCAGCCACAACCUCAAGACGCGCGGGCUCGUGGGCUACGACACACCAGGCUCCAUCCCGCCUUACUAA